AUGCUGCAUCGCCGUCUCCGUCUUGCUCAGGUCGUCCUGGCGACCUUGGUGCUCCUCCACGCCGCUUGCUCCUAUCCUGUUGGCGGAUUCCAUGCCCGCCAGCCUCGGACCGGCUUCGUCCUCAAAGCAAAUUCGCUCUCGGCCCAAAACUCGAGCAGCCCCCAGGCCCCAGCGUCGAGCGUCCAAAUCCUCAGCCAGUGCGUCCAGCCCGGCAUGGUCGCCCUGACUUACGACGACGGGCCCAUGAACUUUACUGGCCAGCUGCUUGAUAUCCUGAGGAGCAACAGCAUCAAGGCCACAUUCUUUGUAAACGGCAUGAACUGGGUCAACGCCUCGGUGAGUCCAUACCGGGACUACAUCUGGCGAGCCUACAAAGAAGGUCACCAGAUCGCUUCCCACACCAUGACGCACCCGGACUUGACGGAGCUGUCAGAGGCCCAGAUCGAGAAGGAGAUCACCGACAACGACGCCGUUAUCCGGUCCAUCAUUGCAACGACUUCGUACUACAUGCGACCACCAUACGGUGCCUACAACGAUGUCGUCACGAAGGUCCUUGCCAAGCUGGGCUACAAGUAUCUCGUGUUUGACAUCGAUCCAACAAGCGCCAACGCCUCCACCAACAGCUUUGUGAUUCUAAAUCACGAUCCGUACCAGAGGUAUAUCGCUACACAUCCGCAGACGCACAAGCAUUGGGCGGGGCAUAUGCUCUGCUUGCAUUGGUUCUGGUUAGCCUCGGCGAGUAUUGACUUGAAUCCAACAACACUCAGCACCGUGAGCCCAUGGACGCAGCAAAUGAUCGAUUAUCUGCGCAGCCUCAACUUCACACGGUUUGUCACCGUCGCGGAGUGUGCUGGCCAAACUCUGAGGAGCAGCUACCGGUCCUGA